GUUCGAACGCUCUGUCUUAGAUCGCCGCAAGAUCGCGACGCGAGCGCAUGCGUCGUACGUGCGUGUUACGGAAUCGGUGACAAAGCGUGUGUAAAUUAAUUUACAAAGUUAAUUGGAUAUCGGAUUGUGAAUCGUUGAGGUAUUUUUAGACGAAACAUUGCUGCUUUUCUGCAAAAUUAAUCAGCGUAUUACAGGCUUAAGUGGCUCUAAAAACAACCAUUUGUAAAAUUCAAACCAGAUCCUGUGAACCGAUGGCGCAAUACCAGUUUUUGUUUCUCGUCGCUGUGGCGGCAUCAGGUAUAGGACCAUGUCUCAGUCAGAGUUCCUUGAAAGUUGGGGCCUCAGAAACAACACCAGCCAGUUUGUUGAAAGAACUCGAAGACAACAGUCGUUACAAGACGUUAGAAGCAAACGCUACCCUACUGAAACUUCUCGUUGACGACAAAGGAGGAGUUAGCAAGUCGGAGGUUUUUGACAUGUUGCACUCCAAGGAUGAUAAUCAGGAUCACGUGGAUUUGCCAACGUUCCCUGAAGACGCGGAGGAAGGUCGGGUGGAUGUGAUGGUCGUACCAGAUUCACAGGCAGAGUACCUUCAAGCAUCAGAGUCAGUGCGUAAGGACUCACGAAGACUCCGUUCUGCAGGCGGGCAGGCCGGGGCCGCAGCUGGCGUCAUGGUUUUGGUGACGUGUGCCAUAGUGGUGAUAGCUUACACCGCGCUCGUCGUAUGGAGGCGGAUAUACUUAAAGAAGCACGGACUGAAACAUGAAUUGUUACGAAAUGAAGAGAUCGCCGAAACAAGAAUUGAGUUGUGAACGUAACAGUGCACGAGAAUAUUCGAAGACUUUCGUGAUUACUUUCAUUAAAAUCAACAAUUCUAUAAAAAGAUGAAGACUGAAUUAUUUAUAUGAUGAGCCACAGAGCUUGCUAAGUUGGUGUCACAGAUAAUAAAAAUAGUUUUAGUACCGUACAAUGGAUAAGGAAUGCAUAAUACACUAUGAAUUAUCCCUAUGAAUAUUUAAUAGUACAUAAUUUUGUAUUACAUGUACAUUGUACAAUUAAUUUGUACUAAUUUAUUUUUUAAGUAAUCUUUUCGAGGUUUUCACAUUCAUUGUACUCACGUCAUUUUACAAUUGUUUGUAAGCCACAAUGGAAUAGAUUAUCACACUGAGUUUAUAUAAAUAAUAUUUUUUUACUUAUAAUCUAUGAACAAUUGAAUAAUGUAAGUCCUUUUUAUGACUGUAAUUAAGAGGAAAAAUGCAUUUAAAAAUGUUUACUCAAAGGGAAAAUUUACUGACUUGUGCCAUACAACCAUUGUCUACUAUUAGUUAUUGAAAUUUUAAUACUGUAAUUUAAUGGCAAUUUCAUAUAAUAUAGAUCAAAUAGUCUGUGAUGUUUUAAUAAAAUAAGGAAUAAAAAACAAAGCAAAAUGCAAA